AAGAAAGAGUGAGAGAGAGAGAGAGAGAGAGAGAGGGAGGGAGAGGGAGAGAGAAAGAAAGAGAGAGAGAGAGAGAGAAAGAGAGAGAGAACUGCAGUUAUGAUUCCAAAUGCCAUUGAAGAAGACUGUGCGCUGUCCUUUUGGAUUUACGUGGGUGUGAUGUCUGUGUUUGUUGGAGGGGCCAUGAAGAAGAUCCUGGCGUCCCACAUGAGUGCAGCCCCGACCCUGGUGGCCUGGCUGGGGGCGACGCUGCUGGUGGAGAGGCUGUGCUCCCUCUGGCCCCCCGCCAUCCUGGCUCUGGCCGUCCUGUGCGCGGUGUGCUGCGUGCUGUCGGUCAGAGGUGGCCCCGCGCGCACCCUCCCCGCCGACGGCAAGGCGGUCUUCAUCACAGGCUGCGAUUCUGGCUUUGGAAAGGCCACCGCCCGGCACCUGGACGCGCUGGGGUUCGAGGUGUUUGCCAGCGUGCUGGACCUGGGCGGGCCGGGGGCCACGGAGCUGAGGCGUGCCUGCUCCUCCCGCCUCACCCUCCUCCAGAUGGACAUCACACAGCCCCGGGACAUCCAGCAGGCCCUCCUCGCUACCAAGGCCAAACUGGGCCUUAGAGGUCUGUGGGGACUUGUGAACAACGCAGGGGUAUGUGUGAACAUUGGGGAUGCAGAGCUCUCCCUUCUGUCCAACUACAGAGGCUGCAUGGAGGUCAAUUUCUUUGGGACGCUGAACGUCACCAAAACAUUCCUGCCCCUUCUACGGCAAGCCCAAGGGAGACUCGUGACCAUUUCCAGUCCCUCAGGGGAGCAGCCAUUUCCUUGCCUGGCCGCUUAUGGGGCCUCGAAAGCAGCUCUGGGGAUGCUCAUCAGCACCCUGCGCCACGAACUGGAGCCCUGGGGGGUAAAGGUGUCCACCAUCUUCCCCUCGGCCUUCAAGACAGAAGGUUCAGAAGCAGGAAAAAAAAUGUUUGAAGUCACAACAUUUCCAGCAGCCGAGGGCAGGACGCGUAGCACAUCGUUACCUCAAGGCCAAUCCAGCAAUUUUGAGUACUGGGAAAAGCAGUACAAGAACUUCAUCCAGAAUUUGUCGCCGGAGCUGUUGGAAGAGUACGGAGAGGAGUACCUGCUGGAGACCAAGGAGCUGUUCCAGGGUCACUCCAAGACGGCCCCCGAGGACCUGAGUCCUGUGGUCAACACCAUCACAGAUGCGCUGCUGUCCCUUCAGCCCAAAGUGCGCUAUUAUUCCGGGCCAGGGGUGGGCCUCAUGUACUUUAUCUACAAUUACUUUCCACUGUCUCUCAGUGACAAGUUCCUACAAAGACUUUUUGUGAAGAAAAAGGUCAUUCCACGAGCAUUAAGGAAACAGAGCAUUAUCAACAACAACAACAACAACAACAACAACAUUAACAACAACAACAACAAUAACAAUGACAUUAAUAAAAUAGAUAAGUAGUUCAAUGGAGAGAGUUCUAUGAGUUGUAGGACCACUUACAUAGUAAACCCAUUGGGUCAAUUGUAGCAUGCUUAGCUGAAGUUUAAAUCUUUAAACCACUACACCACAGAACAAUAUAUCAACUGGAACAGCUAUCUGAAUUGGUGAAAUAAGGAUUAGUUGUUCCAAUUGUAAUGUAGUUCUGCAGUCUAAGGGUUCAAACCUGAGUAUAAACUCCAGCUAAGCGCACUGUAACUGACCUACAUUGUGGUUUUUUAUAUUUUUUUCAUUUGAAUUUUUUUUUUUUUGCUACAUGCUAUAUGUUGUUAAAUGUUUUGUGUUUUGUAUUUUCUGAAGGGAUCAUCAAAUUACACCAAAAUGUAUAUUUUUCACUUUGGCAGAUUAGGUAAAACGGAAGCCAGCUCAAGUAUUCAUAGUUCAUUAUUCACGACCAGGGAGAGUGCAAUUGCAACCCUGGCCUCCUCCAUUUUCUAUCAGUGAGCUCAGGCCAUACAUGUACAGUAACCACACCAGUGGUCAUCUGUCUGAAGUCCUUUAAAAAACCAGUGUCCAACGUGGCUGCUAUAAUUAAACUGUCUGACAUAAUUAAGUCACAGCCUUCUUGAGUCAUAGACCGGCAAUAUGCCAAGUUACACUUUGGUGGGGCAUACCCUGAACGUAAUCAGCACCAAGACUGUGCCACUAUUGAGGUAUUGCAUACAGUAGGUCAUCAAACCAAUUAUUUGACUAAUGUCUAAUGUGGUCACCCAUGGCUUGACUGCUUCUCUAAAUAUGCAAGACCAAUCAAGAAAUGUUACAUGCACUUCUCACCCAAUCAGACCUGGGUCAAAUACGUAUUUGUUUUAGAUUCAAAUACUUUUCUGUGCUCUCUUGGUCUUGCCUGGUGUAAUUGAGGCUGCCAAUAUGACCAGAAGGCAGGGUAUGCACUUUUUGAGAGCAUUUCAUUCAUUCCAAAACACCAGCCAAGAUCAGUAAAGCGUAGAAAAGUAUUUGAAUCCAAAACAAAUACGUAUUUGACCCAGGUCUGCACCCAAUGUACUGUACCCAUCAUGUGCCAUAACUUCACCACAACACUCACAACGUCUCUCAGAGAUUACCUCAAUAUACUGCUUAUACAUACUGUACAACUCAUUCAUAAAUACCUGUUACUGUAUUAUCUAUGUCUCCCUUUUUCCCCAAUGUUAUUUGAAUUAGAGUUUAUAUUCCAGAUUUUGUCGUAAAUCACUAAAGCUGUGAAUUUUAUAUAAACAAGAAAACAAAAGAAAAAUGAGAAUAAUCACACAAGUUUGUUUACCCAGUUCAUUAUUUGAUAGUAUUAAAAGCUGACAUACAAAAUCCGA